GAACGAAAAAAUUUACAUGGACUACAACCUAAAACUGCUAUAAUUGUGGGGGGCUAAAAUUUUAUUUAAGAAUUCAUCUAUAGAUAGUGCCAUGGCCACACGUUCGUUAAAAAAGGAUGUGAACAUGUGAAACCUGAAAAUAGAGUGAGGAAGAUCUAAGCUGCAUCACCAUAGAUUGAUGAAUAUUCAUCAUAUAAGAAUGAUGGCUAUAACAUCGUCAUUACCAACCAAUAAUAAUAGCUUGUUCUCAGUCUCAGCAAGGCCACAACUUUUGGUUACUUCUUCUCUUUCUUUCAUUUCCACAACUUCCAUCCAUUUCCAUAAUUAUUCAUUUCAUAAUAAGCUUCACCUUCGGAGGCAGCUUAAUUCUGUUAGAAAAUUGAGUCGAGUUCCCGCGCCAACGAUAGCCAUGACAAAGGUGCAAGAAGUUCUACCACCACCUCUUACUUCAACUUCACCUCCACCUUCCUUAUUUGAUGGAACUACCAGGUUGUACAUCUCCUACAAAUGCCCCUAUGCUCAGCGUGUAUGGAUCGCCCGUAACUCUAAGGGAUUGCAGGACAAGAUAGAGUUGGUUCCUAUUGAUCUGCAAGACAGGCCUUCCUGGUAUAAGGACAAAGUCUACCCAGCCAACAAGGUUCCAUCUCUAGAACACAAUAAUGAAGUUAGAGGAGAGAGUCUUGAUCUGAUUAAAUAUAUUGACACUCACUUUGAAGGCCCCUCCCUUUUCCCUACUGUUCCUGAUGAUAAGGAGUUUGCUGAAAAGUUGCUAUCUUACACGGAUACAUUCUACAAGACCGUAGUUUCUUCGUUUAAAGGAGGAGAUGUGACUGAGGCUGGCACUGCAUUUGAUUACCUUGAGACUGUUCUCUCCAAACAUGAUAAUGGACCUUUCUUCCUUGGCCAAUUCAGUCUGGUGGAUAUAGCAUAUGCUCCUUUCAUAGAAAGAUUUCAACCGUUUUUAAGGGAUGUGAAAAAUUAUGACAUUACAAUAGGCAGGCCUAAACUGGCAGCAUGGAUUGAGGGAAUAAACAACAUUGAAGGCUACAAAAUAACCCGUUCUGAUCCUAAGGAGCUUGUUGAAAGUUACAAGAAGCGCUUCCUGGCCAAUCCAUGAAUCCAAUGUUUGCCAUCACAGCACAAGUCAAGAGUGACAAGAUUGAUCGGAAAAUAAGUGUCAAAUGCACUAUAUCCAGGAAUCAUGCUCCGAGCGCCCAUCACCGGAUAGACUACUUCAUCCGGAAAAUGCCACAUAGUGAACCAAUGAUUAGAAUAUGUGAAGAUGAUCGUGCGACUUACAUGUUCAUUAUUUAUUAUUAUUAUUAUCUUGAACCCAAAUUGAUAUUAUCGAGUCAGUAUUGAGGCAGUCGCCAAGUCAAUUGUUAGGGCAUUUGUAAUAGUAAACUCCAUUGAAUAAUAAAGGUUUGUCUUGAAUA